CAUUGCUAGCUUCGACCGAGUCAUUUUUGUCAUGCCACUCCCCAGCCACCUUUACUCUCAAAGAUCGUCUCCACAUUUCUUAUCUCCACCUAAUCUUUCUCUUUCUUUUCUUCCAUCUCACUAAGCUGUUCUUUUUUCCCUCGCUUCUUCGCUCCUUCUCUUCCUUCUAUCUUGAAAUACAUACAAUAUGGUUAUCACUUUGCCACCUCCACCUACUUCUGCUGUUGACUGGGAUAACCUCGGAUUCAAAUGGAUCGAGACUAAUGGCUAUGUCAAAUACGUUCACCGCGAUGGGAAGUGGGAUAGCGGCGAGUUUGUCCGCGAUUCCUAUAUCAAGAUGCACAUCUGUGCCCCUGCAUUGAAUUAUGGCCAAGAGUGUUUCGAAGGUAUCAAGGCUUUCCGUUGCAAGGAUGGCCAGGUCAGAAUUUUCCGCCCUGAUGUUAACGCUAAGCGUAUGGCCUACUCGGCUGAUAUCGCUAGCAUGACACCUGUUCCUGAGGAUUUGUUCGUCGAGGCAUGUGAGCGCGCUGUCGCUAGCAAUCUUGAGUAUGUACCACCUUAUGGUUCCGGCGGAGCUCUCUAUCUUCGUCCUCUCUUGCUCGGUACUGGUCCUGAAAUCGGUCUCUACCCUGCUCCUGAAUUUACCUUCAUAGUCAUGGUUAUUCCGGUAGGCAACUUUUACAAGUCUGGUGUCCAGCCCGUAGAUUGCCUUGUUGUCGAGAACUUUGAUCGCGCCGCACCAUUGGGAACCGGCGCUGCUAAGCUGGGUGGCAAUUAUGCUCCAGUACUAAAGCACAGCAGCGCUGCCAAAGAAAAAGGCUAUGCCAUCACUCUGCACCUUGACUCAAAAACCCACACUAACAUUGAUGAAUUCAGCACAUCCAACUUUGUGGCAUUGACUUAUGCCUCCCCUGAACACGGCAACCAACCUGUUUUCUGUGCACCCGAAAGUCCUUCGAUUCUCAAUUCCGUUACAAAGCAAUCAUUGGUGCAAUUGGCCAAGAGUUUUGGCUGGGCCGUUGACAAUAGCGUUGUCCCAUUUACGGACGUUGAAAAUAAUCGAUUCGAAGAAGUUGCUGCUUGUGGCACAGCUGCUGUCAUCACUCCAGUCAAGUCAAUUGAGUGCAACGGUGUCAAGAUCAUGAUUGGCACUCCCACCACACAGAAGACCAUUGGUACUGGUUUCCAACGCCUCUACACUACCAUGCGUGCCAUCCAAAACGGCGAUCUUGAGGAUCCAUUUGGAUGGAUGCAGCCUGCAAAUGGAAUCGCUACUCGUCAGGAGUCAUGAAGUCAUAGUCUAAUAAAU